ACUCGGUAUUAGACAACAACUCGGUGUUAUUAACAACUUAUCCAAAUUCGUUUUAAUAAUAAAACGUUUGUAUUUGACAAGUACAAAAUCUGAAGUUUUUCUAAUCGCAUAAUCAGCAGCAGAGAUGGCAUCUAAAAAAAUAAGCAAAAAGAUAAGUUCGAGGAGAAAUGCAAUGUGUUGUUCGAGAAAAGAUUGCUACAGCAGCUCUUCGGAAUCGAUCUUACCGGAUACUUCCGAUACGGAUUACGAUUGUUUAGAUUGCUACGAGGAACGUUCACCGUUGCGCAAAACUACUAGAGGAAGGCCCAAAAAGAAGGAUUCCAAAAAGUUGAACAAACUAAAAGACACGAAAAAGAAAGAAAGCAAAUCUAAAACAUCGAAAAACAAACGUAAUUGUUGUAAAGAAUAUUCCUCGUCAUCCUCCUGGAGCUCUUCUUCUUCGUCCGAUUCCUAUACCGAUAGCGAUUGCCAAUGCUCAUCGAGUAAAUCACGGCGUAGGAAGAUGUCAUAAAACUUCCAUUUAUUUCUAAAUUUAGUCUAUUUAUUUAUUUUAUCAAUUUAUUUAUUUCCUAAUGUUUUUUUAUAUUUUGAUAUCGCUGGGCAAAAAAUUCUCUUACAUACGUGUUUAUUUUACUUUGUUGAAACUAUUUAUACCACAAUCGAACUAGAAUUUAGUCAUUUUCAUUUAAGCGAUGUAAAUAUUUCUAUUAAUAAAGAAAAUAAAGUAAUGUGCUUUCCCAA